AUGAUCGAGUCCAUAACUCCAAGCUUUACAGGUUCCAUUAUAGUCCCUAGAGAUCCUCCAAAUCGUUGUUCUGAAAUUAAUAAAAUGUAUAUGAAACUACAGUCUUUACCACAACCUAUCAAACAAAUCGCUGAGCCUGCUAACGCUAGUAGAAUUUAUUACCUUGAUGCCAAAGAUAUAGAAAAGCUCCAACAUAGUGCAAAAAAACAUGGCAACAAUUAUAGCAAAUUAGAAGCUUUUUCUGCAUAUUUUUGGAAACUGUUAAUACAAUGCCAAGAGAUAAAAGCCACAAUAAAUUGUAACAUACGCAUUGCUAUAGAUGGUCGCUCUCGUCUAAAGAAGAUGGGAAUGAUUGCUAACUACUUUGGAAAUGUUCUAUCAACUCCUUUUGAUGCAAACUUAAUUUAUGAUGCAAUAUAUAGGGAUGCUAAUGAAGAGUAUUUUCAAAGUUUAGUAGAUUUGGUAGAGAUGUCCAAGCCAUCAAUUGUGGUUCCUAGGGAUUUUGUAAAAGGAGAUGAACCAAUAUUUGUGGUGUUUUCUGGGCUACGUUUCCCCUUGUAUGAGAUUGAUCAUGGAUGGGGAAAACCAAUUUUAGCAAGCGAUUAUUUACCUUUCUCUCAAGGCUACGUGAUGCCAACCCCUAGUCCUCAUAGAGAUGGUAGUUGGCUAAUAUAUGUGAAAUUCCUUGUCGAACAGUUGAAAGCUAUUGAAUCCCAUUCCAAUUUCAUUCUACGCAAAAUCUCUACUCGCAUGAUUUUAAUUGUUGUAUGCUUGCUUUCAUUAAGAGAUCUUGUUUCUUUAAUGCUCUAA